AAAAACCUCCCUGCGCUUGAAGUGUUGUUCAAGAAAAACCAAUAACAAAAGUCUGUUCCUUUUUUCACUCCACAGGUUCUCAGAGCAAAAAACCUUCCCGCAACAUAGUUCGUUUCCUCGUUCUCUUCAGUCCCAGAAUGUCGAUCUUUGAGUACAAUGGAAGUGCCCUAGUGGCAAUGGUGGGGAAGAACUGCUUUGCAAUUGCGAGUGACCGGAGACUUGGUGUGCAGCUGCAGACAAUCGCCACUGAUUUUCAAAGAAUAUUCAGAAUCCACGAUAAGGUUUUCAUUGGCCUUUCCGGGCUGGGUACCGAUGUCCUAACACUGUAUCAACGGCUAGUGUUCCGUCACAAGUUAUAUCAACUUAGAGAAGAGAGGGACAUGAAGCCUGAGACUUUUGCCAGCCUUGUAUCUGCUCUUCUUUAUGAGAAAAGGUUUGGUCCAUACUUUUGCCAACCUGUAAUUGCUGGAUUAGGAGAUGAUGACAAGCCAUUUAUUUGCACAAUGGACUCUAUUGGAGCAAAGGAGCUUGCCAAAGAUUUUGUCGUUGCUGGUACUGCCUCAGAAUCUCUGUAUGGUGCAUGCGAGGCCAUGUUCAAGCCUGACAUG